UACUCGUCUGUAUUGAUGCCGCACUAGUUUGUCCCUCGUCACACACCGUACAUCCCACCGCUAGCAGAGAUAACAACAACAAAACACUCCUCUAGAUCGAUACGUCGUCUCGUUUAGGAAUAAACGCUUUCAAUUAAACACCGAGGUGAAGCGGCUGUGAAAUCCCCUCCUGUCGAAAUGGUCAACGUACACAAAGGUGUUCUCGUGGAAUGUGAUCCUGCCAUGAAACAAUUCCUCCUCUUCCUGGAUGAAAGGAUGGCUUUGGGAAAGAAGUUCAUCCUGAAGGACCUUGAUGACACACACCUUUUCAUCCUGGCAGAGGUGGUUCACACCCUGCAAGAGAGAGUUGGAGAGUUAAUGGACCAGAAUUCAUUCCCCAUCACGCAGAAAUAAACGUUUUCCUCCUUGGGACUGCUAUUUGCUGUAAAAUAAAUAAAAAUAUUGUACAGAG